GAGCGGAAGCGGCACAAACCAGAGUACUCGCGGGAAAAAAUGGCGGAGGGUUGUGGUUUUCUUCACGUUCUCAAAAUCAGCAAUUGAAAAUAUUGUAUUAUAAGCCUCAUCCGAUGUUUCUCCCCACGCGUGAGUACAUUAUUCGUGCGCACUGAGUAUUCAUGCGUGUCACAGCGGUGUCUUUAUAUGGCUGUGUGUCUAGAGAGGAAUACAAGAUGCAAGAAGAUUUGCUGAACGUUCCCACCUCUGGUUACAGUAAACAGAAUCAGGUUUUCACUCAAGAAUCCCCAAAGAAGUCGUUCCACUGUAAUCGUUGUAUACUCCUCUUCAAGUCCAAGGUUUACCUUUUCGAGCACCUCAACAAGGUGCACAGCUGUGAUGUAGACGCUGCUCUCAGAGAGGCUGGCUUAAAAUACCCUGAGAAUAACAAAGCCAACACUGAAAGCAACACUGCAGAAGAUGACUUUGAAUGCCAGCUCUGUGAUUUUAAAGCGUAUAGUCGGGACAUUUUAAAUGAACACGAGAGACAAUGUCACAAGAAAUCAGAAGAUGUUAUUGGAAAUCUAAUAAUUUCUGAAAGCCCGGAGACCAGCAUAAUUGUCAUGUCGUCAAACCAGCAGAGUGACUCUGAAGGAGCAAAAGAGAUUUCCUCGGUUUUUUCGGUGACGUCUACCUCAAAAUCUUUAUGCACACUUAACUCCUCAAAGGAUCUUAAGACAUACAAGCGGCCACUUAAAACCAUUGACCAGUACUUUGCGGCACCACCUGGAUCAAAUGGGAAACCCCCAGGGAACUCUGCUGAAAGCCCAAAUCUUCUAGACGGCACCAAAGGAACCAUAAUUUUGAAAGAAUCUCCCUCAAGCUCCAGCCCAAACAGAAGUGGUGUGUUUAAAGUCACUGCAAAGUCCAUGAUUGAUAUCACCGGUGUUUCUCACUCUUUUUUGCAAAACGACCAGCUUAAGAAUACUGACCUGAGGACCAACAGUGCAAUUCCAAAAAGUCCCCCUGCUAAAAAAGCAAAGUCAUACAAAGAAGAGACAAAGCUCCCACGGGAGGAACACGCAACCGAACAACAAUCGUCAAGCAACACCGAGUUUCCAUUUGACAUUAGCGAAGAUGAAGGGGAAAAGAAGCCUUGUCUCGUCAACGGAGACUCUGAAAGCUCAACGGUUUAUUAUUGUAAGCACUGUGUUUACAGUGAUGUGAGCCUUGCAUGCGCGUCCGCCCAUUAUCAGAACGAUCACCCUUAUGUGAGAUAUAACGCUGCUUAUAUUCGGGAUCCAUGCGAUAGCAGCGCUACCUUUCGUUGCCUGCAUUGUCCAGUUGAGUUUUUAGGUGUAGCCGGCCUCAAGAGACACUACAGUACAAACCAUCCCGAGGCCCCAAACGUAUUCGCGGUGCAGUCCCGGGAACUCAGUCGGGUUUUGAAAUGUUUUGUGUGCGUGUUUACCACCGACGAGUUGAAGGCAUUGAAAACACAUUACAAGGAAAUUCACCCAACACAUGGAGUGGAGAAUUCCUUGCUGUUCUGCAGAUAUCUGGCGACUGAAUGCCAAGAGGGAUCGACUCAGUCAAAUGUAUGUGAAAAGCCGCGCAGUCCAGAGAGGCCAGCAGGGAUUUCUCCUGAAAGUGCCUGCACGCCAUGUAAGGAAGUCCAAAAUGCACCCUCGGCCCGGCAUCCCACCGCCGCGGGAGCAGAUGCGGUCUUGUACCACUGCAACACCUGCAAGUUUAGUCACAAGUCGGUUAUUGUUAUGCAUGUCCACUACCAAAAAUGCCACCCAGGUCAAGAAAUCACAAUCGAUAAAAUCAAACAGUCGGCCUGUGUCACGCCAGACAAGUCUCCGAACUCUGUGACAAUAACGGAAGAAUCGGCACCUCAAACGAACGUCUCCGAUUCUUCUACGAACACGAAAAGCCGAGCGGACAAGUCGAAGCGCAAGCGCGCAUCGGAAGCGUCGAAGACUCCGUCGGAAGCUUCGAAGACUCCGUCAGAGUCUUUGACAACCAAGAAAUCAGAAUCUACUGAAGACGAAGGUAAAUGCAAGGAGUUGCCCAACAAACGCAUGCGGGGAGUGUCUAAAGAAAAGGUGCAUUUAUCCUGCAAUUCAGCAAGCGAUUUGUUUUUCUGCCAGUUUUGCAGUUAUUCGAGUACCAAUAUCAAAAGUGUUCUCGGUCAUCACAAUGCGAAACAUUCUCUGAAUGCGCUGACCUGUAUGGAAGAGAUCUUGUGUUAUAGUGCUCAGGUGCAGAAGAAGAAACUUCAAAGUGAGGCGAGGGCCUCGGCAAAACCCGCGUCUUUUGAUUCGAAAACUAGUAAACAAGUCGAGGUACAUCGAGAAGAAGUUCCACGUGAGGAGGACGAUGCAGCUGCAGACGCUCCUGUGACGGGAGAUAAUGCGUACGCAUGUGCAGAAAACAUGUUUUACUGUCAAAAGUGCAACUAUGGAAAUCCAUCUUUAAAAGGUAUCGUAAACCAUCAAUCCAGAAUUCACAAACACUUCAUUUACAGCAGGGGAGGUAUUAUUGAACACACAGCUGCGAUGCGCGAUCAAAUACAAAAGUCUAAAUCUCACGCAAAGGAGUUCUCCUUUUCGACGCAUCUACCGCUUCCUCUGGUAAAUGAGGGCGACGAAAAUGUGUUUUUCUGCCACUUCUGCAACUACAGACAGAGUACGGUGGACUCUGUACUGCGGCAUUACAUCAAAAAACACCGCGGAUUCGUGUUGAAGGCCGAACAAAUCCGUCUGCAUACCGCUAUGGUUCGUAAAAAGACAAUGAAACCAGACUCGGAAACGGCCCACCAAGACGUCACUUGUGCAUCCCUAGGGGGGAAAAGAAAUGAAAAGAAAAAAAUAAAGAGGCUCGGCAAAAUAAUCCCAGCUUCAUCACCCCCCUCAAUGACCGCCUCACAACCACAGCGGACCCUCUCUUGCUAUAGAUGCGCAUACAGCACUCAAUAUGUGUAUGUUUUGAGACGGCAUAUAUGGAAAAUCCACCGGACGAAUCGCUCAAUCACAGAUGUCUUAAGGGUGUGUUUCAAACAAGGAACUUUGCAGACGGGGUAUCACUGUGACGUGUGUGUUUUCUCUCACGAAAGCGCAGCACCGGUCCACGAGCACUACAAGGAACAGCACCCGGGACGAAACCCGAGCCUCGAGUACGUGACCACCCGGCUGUAUGUCGGUCCCGAUGCACGUCCUCCCCCGAGGAGGAAACCUCAGAUGAAGUACAUCGGUGCGAGUGACUGCGACGGCAUUGAUGGCAGCUCGCCAUCGCAGCGGUCCGGACAAAGUGAAGCCAAGACUUAUCCCUGCAGAGCGUGCUCGUUUAAAAGCGGCUCCGUGUCGGGCAUCACGCGCCACUACCGCGCGGUUCACCCGUGGUCCGUGAAGGAAGACGGCUCGGUCCUGGGCGUCGUCAACAGCAAGCGGCCGAGUGCAAACAGGCAGCCGGAAGACAGCGAUGUUGCGCCCGAGUCAUUCGAAUCUUACCAGGAGCCUCUUGAAUUUGAUGCGGCGGACUCUUCCAAAUGUCUCGAUUGCCCUUACUGCCCUGCAAAAUUUAGCACCCAGCACGGUCUCAACACGCACUGCGGGAUGAAACACCAUGAAGCCGAAUAUGAAAAUUCCGAUCAAAAUCAAAAGAAAAUCCAAACGCACAUGCCGGUCUUCAAGUGUCCACAUUGUGUCUACGUGAAUACCAGUCAUCAAGGAGUUCUCAGUCACUGCCAUAUGAAGCACACGGACCUCCUCGCGUUUAGGGCGGACGGUCUUCACGUGGAGGAAGUGCAAGUGUCCGACUGGGGCGACUGUUUGAAGAGAAAAGGCCCCGGCUACGUGAAACUCAGUGGCUACAGGUGUGAGACCUGCCCACAGGUCUGUGCGACGCUGGAGAAACUGAACAAGCACUGUGAGAAGGGCCAUACGCAGACUGCGGCAGUCGCAGUGCCGAGCACGCCGCCGGAACCAGCCCCUGAACCAGCCCCUCAACCAUCGCCCGUGGGUAAAAGAAAACAAUAUGUGACUCUCGGCAAUCGGGAAGCAGUCUCACAGGCUUCCUUUUUAAGUAAGAAAAUCUAUACAGUGGUUAAAUGCCAGUACUGCAUGUACAGUUGCAGCACAAAGAUUGCUCUCGACCGACACGUGCGCGUUCACCACAAGACGGCAUCCGUUUCCAAGGCGCAGGAUUGCGCGUACAAAUGCGUCCUGUGUUCCAGUUCCUAUUACACGAAAAUACUACUUGGAAGCCAUUAUGUUAAGAGACACGGAAGGGACAGCUUCUUAAAAUACUAUGCACCGGUAUACAAGCAGCAACCGUCAACAUCUCAGGAGCAGCCGUUAACGCAGACACCAGAAAACACUCGUGAGGCAUGUGAGGCCAGCGCCACGACAGAGAAACGGAAAACAUUGUUAGUCUACAGGUGUCCGAGUUGUCCCUAUGUGAAUGCAAGCUACCACGGCACACUCACCCACUGCCAAAUGAAGCACCCGGACAUCGUUGCCAGGGCGGAUGAGCUUCAAACGGAGGAAACGCUUGCAACCAACUUGGUCGGGUGUAACGUUGGAAAAGGUGCGAAUGAAAGAGGGUACGCUUGUCAGAUAUGUCCACUCAUUUAUCCAUCACUGAAGAAGCUGAAAGGCCACUGUGCGAGGGACCACCCUCAGGCGCCGCCAGCAGCUCUUGACCAUUUGGCUGAAACUGAAAAACCACCUGAUCUCUGCUCUCAGGCCUCGGCUUCAGAGCAGCCUUCAAAAAGCGAGACGCCGGUGGCGGCGAGCUCGGCGGAAAAUGACGCCGGCCCCGAGAGCCCCGCUGAGACGUGUCAACCGAACACGCUGUCCCUGCAGAACAAGGUAACACUGUACAAGUGCCACCUUUGCUCCUAUAAAGGAUUUUAUCGAAGAUACCUGCUGUGUCACUUCAAAAAGACUCACAAACUGGAUCCACUUACGACACACAAGCUGCUGCAGAAGUAUAACAAACGCAAAAGGGUCCUCAAACUGCCUGAAGCUGAAGUCAAAUCUGAAUCUGAAGAAAGGGCACCCAUCAAAUGUAAGAAGUGUCCAGAGUUGAUCUUUGACUCAUCCCAGCUGCUCGUCGCCCACUAUAGUACUUUCCACGGCUCGGACUGCAUAUUGGACUUCACCGUGUUGUCCCGAGGAAUGAAGAAGGGCAGUACAGGUCUUUACAGAUGUGUCCACUGCAACAAACAAAUGAAUGGAAUUAGAAAGCUGUGUAGUCACCUGGAUUGCCACAGAGAGACGGCGAGAAAUAGGGCGGAGGCCGCGAAGACUGCGGCAUCGCCAAAGGUCGAACCCCUCGUACGAGAUGAACUCCUCCCGUUAGAAUCGGUGGACGAAGUGGCCCAGUGGGACCCGGCAUCGGUUCAGGCCUUCGCUGUCCCACCGACUCCGCUGUCGAAACCCGCUGAUGAAGAGCAACCGGAGCUGGAAGCGAGGGAAAACAAACACGCUUGCAGCCGGUGUCGGAGGACGUUCAUGUCGCUGAAGGGGCUGCGCUCGCACGAGCGCAGCCAUGUCGCCAUGGCGGCCAUCAGGAAGCUGAGCAAUGCGCCGACCUCGGUGUUGAAGCACAACAUUAACAAAUUUGUCAUCUACAAACCUGGGACCAUCAAGCCGUUCCUUUGUAGCUUCUGUUCCUACCGGACGACCCUCAUGGGCCUCUGGAGGUGUCACUUCAGGAAAGAGCAUCAAGACAUUAUGAUGGAUGCGGAUGAGAGCGACGACCAGGAUGAGGAGAGCGAUCCGAGGGCCGACUAUGAGCCCUUUAAUUCAUCAGAGGAGUUGGACUAUUGGCCUGAACCCGACGACGAACCGGAAAUUGCUGAAAAAUCGCUGUACUUGGAGCCCCCCGACGUGCAGCGGCAGUUGAACCACUACAGCUCGAUGGCGCAGGCGGAUUCCCCGUCUCGAAGGAACGCGCGAGACAGCAAGUUGCCCGACAACCGUCUUCUUCACUGCGAGUUCUGCAAUUUCAACACCGAGCACCUGUCCAGUCAGCGGCGGCACUAUCUAAAUCGCCACGGAAAGAAGAUCCUCAGGUGUAAGGACUGCGAAUUUUUCACUGCUUUCAGGAAGACCCUGGAAAGGCACAUGAAGGCGGGUCACUCGACUCGCCAGUCGGAACCCACUCGCGAGAAAGACCUGCGCUGUCCUUUCUGCCUCUACCAGACCAAGAGCAGGAACAACAUGAUCGAUCACAUCGUCUUGCAUCGCGAGGAGCGCGUCGUGCCAAUCGAGGUGCGGCGGCCGAAGCUGUCGCGGUACCUCAAAGGCCUCGUCUUCCGCUGCCACAAGUGCACUUUCUCGAGCGGCAGCGCCGACAACCUGCGCCUGCACAUGACGAAGCACGACGACAUCAAACCCUACAAGUGUCGGCUGUGCUACUUCGACUGCACUUGGCUGAGCGACUUGGAGGCACACCUGAGCGAUAAGCAUCAGGUUGUGAGGAAUCAUGAGCUUGUGGGUCAGGUCAGCCUUGAUCAGCUACAGGCAAGAGUUGGUAGGAGGCCAGAAGAGGAGCCUUCGGCUGACUUGAAGCACCACGGCAGUGAGGAUGUAGAAAAAGAGGAGUUUCUUCCCGACUGUGAUGAAGUUCCACUUGAGACGCAAGCUAAAGACCCGGCAGAAAAUAGCACAAGGGGGGAAAUUGCACUACAGUCCGAGGAAGCGUAUCAGAAGCAGGAGCAGGGCGGAAAGGAGGAAGAAAGCCGCGCCGAGAGCUCCGUGUUGGACCUUCGGCGUGAGGACGAGAAACCAAACGCGGCUGACCAGGAAAAGCGCGAGCAGGAAGCUGCGAGGACGGUGUUCUUGAUUGCCCUACCCGAACUCGGAGAUGGCGAGGACGGCGGCGUGGCGGUCACGCAGCAAAAAGAGGAGGCGCCAGAAGGGAGCUCACUAACGUGUGGGGGGAAAGCCGAGGACAUCGGCGUCUGCAGGACGCAUGAGAAGGCAGAUCAGGGUAGAACGGUUAAGACGGAGGACAUUGAGACGGAGGUUGUGGAUAAUGUUAGAAAAGAGCUGGUAUUACUAGACGAAAGAGGCAGCGUCCCCCAAAAUCAAGUCAUCUCGAAAGCAAUUUCAAUCUCUGCGAGGAAAAAUCUGAUGCAGGCUAAUAGCAGCAGGCCUCAAGGGAGUUGUACAGUUGCAAGAAAUCUGCUAACUCUCUCAAGGAAGGAAUCUUCUAGCUUAGGCUCAUUCACAAACUCAUUCACAAACUGCAAAAAGGAACAUGUGCACGAUCAGGAAAACGGUGGCGAGGUACGAGAGCCUUAUGGGGAAAUGCCGGUGCUUGAGAACGAAUAUCUGAAAGAAGAAAUGCAGCCUCCUGGUUGUUGCAAGGAGGAAGAGGAGAGCGAUCGCCUCGAGCAGCAGCCGGACAAAGACGACGAGGCGGUCACGACAGACGAUGAGAACGGGCCCACAAAACGGAAACGUGAGGAGGGCGACGGCAUGAGGCAUGCUGGUAGUCCACGAGGUGCACUUGCAGUCACUGCCGGAGCUGAAGCAUCGUGCCCAGCGGCUGCAGAGGAGAAACCGUUUAUGUGUGAGUUUUGUGGACGAAACCUCAUGAACGGCUCCGACCUUGAGCGUCACAUCAAGCGACAUGGAUUAUAAUAGUUUUUCAUUAUGUGGUGUAUGGUGGGGGGCGAGGGCUAAUUCUUUUGUUAAUUUUUAAUUUGUUGAUGGGGAAAGCUUGAUUUUGUUUAUAUGAACUGUUCUAGAUUCUCUUACCAUGCUGUGUGAAGUUGUACAACCUGGUUGCAAAUACAUGUUUCAUGUUUUGUAGAAUUUAAACCUUUUUUUUCUAUUGAAAUGUUUUUAUUGGACGGUUCUUGUGCGUAGGAUAUUGUUUCAGUAACUAAAACGUAACCACGAUUUUAACUGUAUACAGUGACAAGUUGAUAUUAACGUCUAAUUUAGAUUUGUUUUUAUCCCAAGACAAUAAUUGAUAUCAUGAAUAAAUAUUUUGUUUGAAGAUA